UCUCAUCUGAGAGAAGGACUGGAUUUGAUCCCAGUCUUCGGCUGCGCGUAGGCCUACACCGCUCUUCUGCAGCCCUAAAGCAGACAGCCUGGUUCCUUGGACGUCAUAUGAUAAGGCUGGAGGAGAGCCAGCAGGGCCCCCGUUUGGAGAGGAGGACCCAUAUCUCAGUCAAUGCGCGCAGCCAGGGCCCCCUUUAUCUCGACAAGGCAGGGAGGCGUAUCCUUUCCCCCACUCCCCUUCACAUACCACUCUGGCUCUCUCACUCUGUUUCACCCAUGCACUAACUAGUCUACAACCUGCUUCAGACGACGCCCCAUCGCCCAUGAGAUUUCCACCGAGCCCGCGGUGCAUCUUUUUGGCUCGAGAGGAAAUCAUUGGGGUCUUAUUACUGUCGUGCUGUGCGCUCAGGCUGCCCACGGCAUCACUUCAGCAAUAACAGAAGGGGUGCCAGCCAGAAGAAGAAGGGGAGGAGGAGGAAGAGGAGGAGGAAGAGGAGAGGAAGGGGUGUCAGAAUAUUGCGAAUUGACGCUCAGAAAAUAAACAAGGAGACACCCUGUUUGGAAGACGUCUGUGGCGGGAAGCGACAGGGAUCUGCAACUGAGAUGGCUGAGGUGUCACAAGAGGAGAGACUCCAGGCCAUCGCUGAGAAACGGAAGAAGCAGACAGAAAUAGAAAACAAGAGGAGGCAGCUGGAUGAUGACCGACGGCAACUCCAGCAUCUCAAGUCGAAGGCUCUGAGGGAGCGCUGGUUGUUAGAUGGAGCCCCAGCGGAGGAAGAGACUCAGAAGCGUCUGCAGGACGACGAGGUGAAGACCAAACUCUUGGAGCAGGUCAUCCUCAGGCUGGAGCAAGAGAUUGAAGAGCUGGAGACAGACGUGCCAGCCAAUAAGGGUGUGGCCAAAGAAAAUGGAGGUGAGAAUGGUGUAGUGCAGACCUCUGGCCAGACCCCCAAGAGAGAGGUGACAGGGAUUGAGGCCAAGCUGCUGGGUCCCAGUCCUGACCAAGCUAGCGCAGACAAUCCCGUCACCCUGGUGUUCAUGGGCUACAAGACCGUUGGGGAAGAACAGGAGACCCGCACGGCCUUGGGAAUGGAAGGGGUGGAUGGCAAUGUCAAGGCUGAGUUUGUUGUAAUCGAGGAUGGAGAGGGGAAAGCGGGAGGAGAGGCUGGCACAGAAGAGCAGGCUCCGCCCAACGGGAGCAUGGCGGAGAAAGAAAAGGCCAACGGAGGCGGAGAGGAAGGAGAGAAAGAAAAGGAGAAGAAACAGACCUGCAAAUGCUGCACGGUCAUGUGAGCUGUUUGUGUGCACGUGUGUGUGUGUGUGUGUGUGUGUGGGUGUAUAUGUGCGGAGGUGAGUGCACACCUGCAGCUGUGCAGACAUGUGUGCCAUUGAAUGUGUCUGUAUUUGCAGGUGUGUAGCUUUGUGUCUAUGUGGCAGGGUGUGUGUGUGUGUGUGUGUGUGUGUGUGUGUGUGUCAGGACUGGGAAAAAACAAAAAAAACGAAGUACAGUUACACAGCCAAUAUACCAAUAACGAGAGCCAAUACAAGCUCCAGCUACAACAACAUGAACCACAAAGACUCAUAAGUACACAUUUCUCUGUAUACUUUCUGAUAUGUAUUUGACUUUUGAUUUCUAUUGAUAUUUUUCUAUUUUUCUGUCUUGACAUUUAUAUUGUAUUCAGUAUGUAUAUCUUUAUUAUGGGACUGUGUACUGUAAGUUCAUUGUUAUUAUUGUUGGGAAAAAAGAAAAUGUAUUAGCUCUCUGGAUUGUAUUGCUACCCACUGGGAGAAAUCUGGAAACUUUAAAUCAUUUAAGUCAAAACAGCAAACUAUGAAGGACACAGAUACUUAAAUAUAUAUAUUUCUCUGUGUAGGCCUACCAACUAUUUAUCGGUCAAUUUCAUAUUGCAAUAUUGUCUAAGAUAUUAUUUUAAAUAGUAUUUUAAUAUAUUGAUAUAAAAUUAUGUUUUAUACAAUGUAUUUAUUGUUUUUGGUUCUCUAUAUCAUCUCCAACCAUUAACUGCAUGUAAGCUUGUAAGCACUACCAGAUUUGCGUUACAAUCACAAGUGUCUGUGCUUUCUUAGACUCAUAUGUGCUCAUAUCUUUAGUCACACAAGUCUUUCUAUCAGUAACAAUUAAUAUAAUUGGCAGUGUUAGAGGUGUGCAUUAAGUUUAAAAAGAAAUAUACAGCACGGAGACAGUGACCAUAUUGCAAACUGCAUUAGCUUCUCAUAGAUACUAUAUGUGACACAUGUACAUGCAGAUCACAGCUUUUGUAUUUUUUAAAUUAAAUGGAUAUACUUUCUUUAUGAUCAGUAGAGUCAUGACAAGCCAUUGCGCAAUGAUUAGAAAUACUUAAAUAAUUUUGUUCUAUCAACAGUAGAGUCAAUGUAAAUCUUAUGAGGUAGCACUGCAUGAAGCCUUGCAACUGUUUGGACUGUCUUGUCACUUGUUAGGUCUUUAUUAUAUGCUAUCACGUUCACAUGAAUGUAAAUCCAGGGGUUAAAUUGGGAUUCGUUUUACCAUAAUGAGAAAAGGCGGGCUUGCUCAGCUCACUAUUUAAAAAAAAGCUUUUUUUCUCUUUAUGAACCAAAUAAAUGAUACUGUAAGUUCACUGUGUGUUGGUUGGCUGCUGGUUUCUGUCUUGCUCGCUCCCAGUUUAACCCCUGACUCUUGUCUGUAGACCUGGGCCCAAUAGUGCUUCAAUAGAUUUUCAGAAAAAGUAAAAGAUUUGGGGCAUUUGAAUGGACUUUUCUCACAAAUAAUAAUACUCUCUGGGGAGCUUAAAUCUUUUAAGGCUAAGAACACAAUCUAAAGAAUUUAGUUGUGCCCAGUUACACACGCUUUUUUAGUCAUUGCUGUAUUAGAAAUAGGCCGUAUUCUUUAAGAAAACUCAGUGUAAUCAAUCAAUGUAAAAAUCAUGCAUAUAGACCUACACUAUAGCAAUUCAAAGCCCUGAAAGCCUAUUUAAAUACAUUUUGGUCCUAGUGUCCUGAUUUGUUUGGCAGACAGUAGAGGCCAUGGGUGGUCUGGAUCAGUGCAAUGCUUCUGCUCCCCCCAGGUUAUUCCAUGACUCUGAUUCACCUACACACCAUCACCAUUUUCACAUUAUUAGUUUCAUCCUCAUCGUCAAACACACACUGCCCUACCUUCUAUGCUCGGAGACACGCAGUUCAGAAACUUCUCAAGUUGGUGCUAAUCCUGAGUCUUGUCUAAAACUCUCCAUCCACCAACUUUUAUGUUUUUCAGCUCGUUCCCUUUGUCAUUCUCAAAUCGCUGGUGAGGGAGAUCUACUGCCUCCUGCUUACAUUUAAUAAGAGUCUUUUGCAACCUUCAGUGCCAGAUGCAUUCUCUCAAGUCCUGCCUACAAUUACCACCAGAGAAGUGAUCCCUUCUAACAUUCCAAAGGGAGGCGAAUAGGUGUGGACAGAUGAAAUAUUGUCUAUGCUUUCCAUAUGUACAGGUCCACUGUAAUUGUACUUGCAAAUUUGUUUCUUAUACUGACUCAUGUUUUUUUCUUUCCAAUGGCCUCUUUGCAAGGCAAUAUAUUGUACUUGAUGUGUGUAUUUUUUUAAAAAAAAGAUGAAUACAUCUGUGUAUUGUUGGUGCCUUUGUCAGGUUCAGUUGGUUGGACUUGUCUGUCUGCCGCCAUUUUUAGACCAGGGUUUUUCUUGCUCUGCUCCUGAUCAUGACGACCCACUGGAAACACUAACUUCUACUCUUGAGGGGUACUACAUAAUAGUCAUUUAUCACAAGAUAAAUAAAUGCAGCUCAGACAAAAGGUAAUAUGCAGACUACUCUUGGUGUCUUCUCUACAGAUACAAGAAAAUACACCCAGAGUUUAUUUUACUGGGAUAAAAACAUUAUCCAGGAAACUGACCGUCUAUGUUCAGUAUAUACACAUGUAUAUAUGUAUGCAUAUCUAUAGGCAUACAUACACCUUUUUACAUUGAAAUACAUGUAAAUGUGUUGAGCUAAAGCUUUGCUUAAUAGUGGGUCUCUGGGACAGCAGCAGAAAAAGCAACCUUGUGUUAAACCAAUGCCUGUUCAUCUAUUCUGUGGGCGUCUUAAUGUUUAAUCUUGAAUAAAAUCACUGUUUGUUUACAGCAA